CUCAAUGCAAGAAAACGUGUAACAAACGUUGCAAUGGCUUCAUUAAAAAUAUUAUGAUUUCGGUCACCAAAAACAGCAACAUGUUGUUGGAGUCUGAGGUUGUCUCUGUUCUGGAGACACUCGUAAAGGCAACGGUCAAUGAAAUGACGAAAGUCAUGGACACAUCGGUCAAACCUCCACAAACUAACAUUACAGCAGACAAACAUGACAGCUUGGACUUUACAACGCAGCUGAACUCUGUGUUAGAACGUAACGCAAAAGAAGCCGUGGAGAAAAUAUGUCAACUUUUCUCUGCACUUCUACACCAAGAAAUGAUUCCGACUGCACACGAUGACAUGAAAACAAGACUGAAGCAAGCUGAGAAACAGCACAAGACUCUACAAGGAGAGACUAAUGUAACCGACAGUGGUCUUCCAAGAAGUCAAUCCACUGACCAACUUACUCUAGUCUCUGCAGAGAAAAUCGCCGUUGUUGUGAGCUGGGGACAGGAGGAGAUCAUAAACACUGAUGACCAUGUGAAAACACCCACUAAAAAACAGAAGACGGCGAUCAUUAGGGAAGAAAAAUCAGUGGAUUCUUCCAAAAACGGUGACCAUCCUCAGUUUGUGGUGUUGCAGGACAAUGCUGUGAACAUCAGCUGCUCAGGACAGAAAAAUGCUAAAAGCUCCUCUGUGACUGAGGAUGAUCCGAAAGUAUCUAGUAGUUUAAGCGUGUCAAAAAGAGGUGUGCGGGCGAGCCGUCGGAAGAAAGGUAAACCGUUCAGCUGUAAACAGUGUAGAAGGAAAUUUGACUCUGUUGUUCUGUUGAGAGCUCAUAAGGUUGUUCACGUGGCGGCUGAGAAACCCUUUAGCUGCUCGCAGUGUGGUCGGCGUUUUGGCAGUAAAGGCAGUUUGGAUGUACACUACCAGCUUCAUACUGACAAGAGCCCUUAUGUUUGCAGUCAAUGCGGCAAGACCUUCACCGAACACAACCAGCUGAAAGGUCACCAGCGUAUUCACAACGAAGACAAGACUUUUACGUGUCAAGAUUGUGGGAAGUCCUUUAAUCAAGCAUAUUGUCUCAGAAAGCAUCAGGUCGUGCAUUCGGCAGAGAAGCUGCAUAACUGUGACGUAUGUGGGAAGAGCUUCCACUUUCGUAACAACUUGCUUCGCCACAAGAGAAUCCACACAGGCGAAAAGCCGUUCACCUGCCAGACGUGCGGGCGAAGUUUCAACCAGCUGGAUUCGCUGAAAGCACACAAUCUAACUCACACCAGAGAGAAACCACACAAAUGCGAAAUGUGCAAUCAGGGCUUUGUCCAGAAGUAUCUUCUUCGGCUGCACGAGGGGAAGCACGUGGGACAAAACGGACAUUGCUGUUUUGUAUGUGGAAUAGACGUAGGUUGCUUAAACACCCUAAAAAUACAUCUCCCGAUUCACGAGGAAGCGUUACCGGUUAAAUGCACAGUGUGUGGAGAGACCCUCGACUCCAUCAACACCUUGAAAUCUCACCAGCACAAACACUCUGUGACUAACAAGUACAGCUGUUGUUUGUGCGGGAAGUCCUUUCAAAGUGUGGCCUGUGUGAAAACUCACGAAAUGAUUCAUACGGGAGAAAAGCCUUAUGACUGUUCGGUGUGCGGGAAGACGUUUCGGCAGCAGAACAGCCUUAAGGCUCACCUGACCUCACAUACGGGCGAAAAACCUUUUAGUUGUGACACGUGCGGGAAGGGUUUUUGCACCUUGGGAAAUCUCCGUCGACAUCAACGCAUACACACCGGAGAAAAGCCGUUCAGAUGUAGCGAAUGCGGACGGGAAUUUAACCAGUCAAAUUCACUCAAAGCUCACAUGCAUAUUCACACGGGAGAGAAGCAAUAUGUGUGUGAUAAGUGUGGGAAGAGUUUUGCAUAUCUCAGGAAUCUGAGGUGCCAUAAAUGUGUGUAGAUUUAAAUGGAUUGUUCACCUGAAAAUUAAUAUUCUGUCAUUAAUUACUCACCCUCAUGUCAAAUUAACUAUUUUAACAAUGUCCUACCUUGAAUGAACCCUUGAAUGUGUCAAAUGUUGAAUGAAUGAACAGGUUUAAAAUGACAUGAGGGUGAGUGAUUAAUGACAGAAUUUCAUUUUUGGGUGAACUAUCACUUUAAGUUACACAGUUUAACUGUUCCAAAUAGAUCAAACAGGGUUAUGGUGUGUCUUAAUUUCCAUAUGCUGAAUUCAUCAGAUAUAAAUAUUUCAAUGCAAAAGAUCCCUUAAAAAUCUGUUUAGUAUCCAGUUGAUAUUUAAAUUUAUGUUAAAUGAUCUCUAAAUACUUUGAAAAAUAAAUCAAAGUCAACAUAUCAAAUAGUGAUCUAGUCUUUUAAUAGUUUAAAUGUACAAUUAAUCCUAUUGCCUCUCAAUUUAAAGGGAUAGUUUACUAAAAAUGAAAAUUACUUCAUGAUUUACUCAUCCUCACGCCAUCCUAGGUGUAUAUGACUUUCAUCUUUUAGAUGAAUACAAUUGGAGUUAGGUUAAAAUUGUCCUGACUCUUACAAUCUUUAUAAUGGCAGUGAAUUGGUGUUGAGAUUUUGAAGUCUGAAAAAGUGCAUCCAUCCAUUAUAAAUAGUACUCCACACAGAUUUGGGGAGUUAUUAAAGGCCUUCUGAAUUGAAGCGAUGCGUUUGUGUAAGAAAAAUAUCCUUAUUUAAAACCUGACAAACCGUAAAUACGCUUGUCUUGCAAGAACCAAGUUUUGUUUACAGGAGCAAAGGAAGCAAAGGUUCCUUUGUUUAGCAAAGGAAAAACAGUCUUCUCUUGGCUUAUAUCAAAAUCCUCCAACAUUUUUCUUUACAAAUUCUUGUUUUGUACUUUUAAUUCUUGUCGUCACCUACAUCUUCACCUGACUGGUCAAAUUUCGGUUUGACAUUUCUAAACCAGGACUUAACCUGACCUGGAGCAGGUUAGGCAUGGAGUGCAAGUGGUGAUGAACACCACAAGCCAAACCGCUUUCAUGGUACCUAAAAUCCAGAGUUUGCUUAAACUAAAAUGAAACUUACUGGGCUAGCCAGCUAAAAUGGCUUCAUGGUACAGGCCCCAAGAGUAAAUGAUGACAGAAAUUUCAUGUUUGGGUGAGCUAUCCCUUUAAGAUUGAAGAAACAAAGUCACAUACAUCUUGGAUGCCCUGGGGGUAAGCAGAUAAACAUAAAAUUUUAAUUUUUGGGUGAACUGUCCCUUUAAUCUCCAACUCUAAUCAAACAUACCUGAGCAAGAUUAAUCUAUUAUAAAUAGAUUAUUCAUCUUCCAGUGAAUCCAGCUCUAUUUUUUUUUUUAAAUUACAGUGAUAUGAUUAUGGAAAAGGGUGGGAUAAAACUGUAGAUGCAUGACAUCCAAAUCAUUAGUCAAAUGUAUGAAUGCAUUUACUACAACUUAAUCCAAGAUUAUUUGUUUAUAAAUUGGAAUUAGUAUUAUUUUUGCCAGUGACGAGCUAGGUCAAUAAAAUAAAAUAAAAAAAACAGAAAAUGUGAUCCAAUCUAGUUUUGCAGAAAAACAACCACAGUUGCGUGUGGACGCACAUCCUUGUUUAAAGACCUGUGUAAAGUUCUUAGAAACACGCAGAUGUGAAUGCGAGUGAAUCUAAUAGGAAAUCCCCUAUAGCAGCGUCAGCAUGUGGUCUUUUUAAAAUCCUGUCACACACUCUGAGAAGUAAAGAGGCUACAAGUAUUUGGCAUAGCAUUUUAUUUUAUGGAAUAAUAUUGUAUAACAUUAAAUCUCAGAUAAAUCAUAUUUCAGUGUUUCAUAAAAUAUUGUCAAGUAUAUUGCUGCUCUUAAGCCAACAGUUGCAUUAAAGAUAAGUCGAAAGCAUAAAUCACUUGCACAUGAGAAGUGGUUUCAUAUCUCAAGACUUUAACCACACGGACCUGAGAGUCUAGCAUAGCAUGUAUAUAGAUUUUAAAGAAAGCAAGCAAGAAAGAAAGCAAUGAGAACUGUUAAUUUCUUUGUGUUAAAAGAGAAACAUGCAGAACUUGUG